AAAUGACUCGCUCCCACGUUCCUCUCUCUCUCUCUCUCUCUCUGCACUCUGCUUCCUUCUGACUUCUGAGCUAGACUCUGUUUCUCUUCCCGCCUUUCGAACUGCAAAAUCACAAGGAUAUUAUUGCACUUCGCUUUGAAGAAAGAAAGCGACUGCCUUUCUUUUUGGCUCUGUUUUCUUCUUUCCUUUUUCUUCCCUCCCUUCUUAUCCAUUUUUGGAACAAGCAGCAAGCAAUCUUCGUGAAGUAGAGGCAAAGUUUGGAAAGCUUUUUUUAGAGGUCAACGGCGCAGCAUUCAACCCCACCUUCUUAAUCCAAUCCAGUUCAGGAAGACAUCAUGAGCAGUGGGAUUCUUUACAGCAGUAAUCUCAAGUACCCAGAUGGAGAACUGAGGAAGAACAGCUUCCAGGAUCUUGCUGUGGAUCUCAGUCCUUACAACCUUCAUCAUCAGCAUCAUCAUCAUCAGCAGCAGCAGCAGCAUCAGGGUAGUAAUCAUUCAGGGUUGGCGCGUCUUCGUUCCGCGCCAAGCUCAUUCUUCGAAGAUCUCGUCAAUGGCGGCGCCGGAGGGGGAUUCGAUGAUUUCCGCUACUUCCGGCCGUCGAGUCCCGACAUGGACGCCAUAUUCUCGAGGUUGCUGUCUCCGACCAGCAACGGGAAUCAGGAUCCUCUGCUGCUUCCGUCUCCAGCUGCUCAGGAAUUGCGAGGCUUUGUGAAGCAAGAAGCGAUGGAUUCAAGUUUCCAGCAGAAUUUGGGGAACGAAAGCUCGGGCGAAUGGAAGGGUCAUGGUGGUGAUUCUGCUGCCACGUUCAUGGAUUCGAUUGAUUUGGGUUCCUCUGUUGUUUCUGCUGCUGCUAAUAAUACUAGCAGUAGUAAUGGAUCGAAUCUCGCUCGACAUAACAGCUCCCCAGCUGGGUUCUUCUCCAGCCUGGUCGUUGAAAAUGGGUUCCAUGGAAUUAGGGAAGUCGGUCCAUCUCCAAAUAACAGUACUAGUAGCAGAUUGAGCAGCAGCCGUACAACAAGCUUCAGUACUUCAGCUCCCAGAUUGUUGCCCCAGAUUUCUGAAAACGGUGAGGAAACAUUCAAGACUCCCAACUCUGGCAAAAGGCUCUCCUCAAACAACUCGUGGGACUUCACUUCUUCAAAUGGGAUCAAGAGAUUGAAACAGGACAAUGAUGGUGAUGAUUUGGACUUCUUUUCGACCUUGAAUGCAAUGGACAACAUUCAUCAGCAGAAUGGUAGUGGUGGUGGGAAUCGGUUGACUCACCACUUGAGCUUGCCUAAAACUGCUGCUGAGAUGGCGUCGGUAGAGAAGUUCUUGCAGCUUCAAGGCUCCGUCCCUUGUAAGACUCGUGCCAAACGAGGUUUCGCCACUCACCCACGAAGCAUUGCUGAAAGGGUAAGAAGAACGAAAAUUAGCGAAAGGAUGAGGAAAUUGCAAGAACUUUUCCCCGUAACAGAUAAGCAGACCAACACAGCAGAAAUGUUAGAUUUGGCAGUUGAGUACAUCAAAGACUUGCAGAAACAAGUCAAGAAGAUCGACUACGUGUUCAAGAUCGUGCUGAUCGGAGACUCUGCCGUCGGGAAGUCGCAGCUGCUGGCCCGAUUCUCGAGGGACGAGUUCAAUGUGGACUCCAAAGCCACGAUCGGGGUGGAGUUCCAGACCAAGACACUCGACAUCGAUCACAAGACCGUCAAGGCUCAAGUUUGGGAUACCGCCGGCCAAGAAAGGUACCUUUUUUCCUUUACCCACUUCCCGUACCGAGCAGUAACAAGUGCAUACUACAGAGGAGCACUAGGUGCUCUACUGGUUUAUGACAUAACAAAGCGAGAAUCUUUUGAUCAUAUGGCGAGGUGGUUAUCUGAACUCAGGGAGCAUGCUGGUGAUAGUAUAGUUGUCAUGCUGAUAGGAAACAAGUCUGAUUUGGGGUCCCUUCGAGCUGUCUCAACUGAGGAUGCCAAGGAGUUUGCUCAGUCACAGAAUGUGUUCUUCAUGGAGACAUCGGCACUCGAGGCCACUAAUGUUGAGCCAGCUUUUGUCUCGGUCUUGACUGAGAUUUAUCGAAUUGUUAGUAAGAAGAGCCUUCUUCCCAAUGAGGAACAUGAGAAGGGGGAUGCUUCGCUUCUCAAGGGGACUGAGCUUGCUGUCAACAAUGAAUUGCCACGAGCUGGAGGAACGAGUAGCUACAGAUGCUGCACAACAUCAUAAAAGGCUUGUGAUACCUUUGUUGGCUCUCUCCAUCUUUUGCAGGUACUUUGCUGCAAUCUGCAUUGGCCAGCAUAUGUGAAACAAGCGGAAUUACUUGUGAUCUUCUGCUGUUUUAGGGAUUUUGUUGUUGUACUUAUCUCAUUGAUCUUUUCACUUCCUUUUGCUGAAUCUCACUUACUGCAUAGGUAUGUAGAGUGCAAGUUUUCUGUAUGGAAUCAGAAAUGCAUAGUUGAAGAAAAUGAAACUGGUGAUUUUUGUUUGUUUGUUAUGAUGAACAUCGAGCACAUAGUUGUGGCAUUUUUCUGUAACUGAUUUUGCGGAGUUUGUUUGGAAUCUAUUGUUAUUUCUGGAAUGAGUUCCUUGGAACCACCAUGCCU